GAAGAAAAGUAGGUCUCACGUCCAGAAAUUCAUCCUUGCUGAGGAUGCCCUUGGCGAGACACCCUUAUUGGAAUUUCAGGACAUGUAUUAAAAGUGCUGAGCAUUUCCUGAAAGCUGCGGAAAAUGACCAAGUCCCAGGGCUUGUCAUUCAAUGAUGUGGUUGUGGAUUUCAGCUGGGAAGAGUGGAAGCUGCUAGACACUGUUCAGAAGAACCUCUACUGGGAUGUGAUGUUAGAAAAUUAUCGCAACCUAGUAUCACUGGGUUAUCAGGCGACCAAGCCAGAAGCAGUGGCCCAGUUGGGGAAAGGAGAACAAGGAAUAGUGGAGAGAAAAUCCCCAAGUCCUGAAUUAAUGUGGCAAGUUUAUGAUUGGAAUCAGGAAGAAAUUGAGAAGGAUGAACCUGUAAAGAAAGAUCGUGAAAAUAAUGCAUUGGGAAGAAUAUUUUCUCUGAGCCAAAACUUUGUUCCAUUUAUAGAAAGACCUCUUAAAUAUUUUUCAAGAGGACUAAGUUUGAAACAAAAUUCAGAUUCAAAUUUUCAAAGUAAAAACUAUGCAGAAAUGAACUUGGAUGAGUUAAAUGGCCACGGGAAAUCAUUUCUCCAUUUACUACAGAAAACCUCCCACACUCAAUCCCAGUACUAUGAACACAAUUUGUGUGUGAAGGCUUUCAGUGUGGUGACAAGUCUUAAAAGACAUCGCAGACUUCGCACAGAAGGGAAACCUUAUGAAUGCAGUGAAUGUCCAAAAUCCUUCAGAUACAAAUCAAAGCUCACAAUACACCAGAGAACUCACACAGGAGAGAAGCCAUACAGAUGCAGUGAAUGUCAGAAAGCUUUCAGUACAAAAUGUCAUCUCACUCUGCACUGGAGAACUCACACGGGAGAGAAACCCUACAGAUGUACUGAGUGCCAGAAAUCUUUCAGAACAAAGUAUCAUCUCAUGUUACACCAUAGGACUCAUACAGGAGAGAAACCCUAUGAAUGCAAAGAAUGUGGAAAAGCUUAUAGGGAGAAGACAAAGCUCAGAUUGCAUUACAGAGCACAUACAGGAGAGAAACCUUUUGAGUGUAGUGAUUGUGGGAAAGGUUUUAUGCAGAAGUCAAACCUGAUUAUCCACCAAAGAAUUCAUACAGGACAUAAACCCUAUGGAUGCAGAGAAUGUGAAAAGGCUUUCUGUAGUAAGUCUCAGCUUGUUGUUCACCAGCAAUUCCAUACAGGAGGAAAAUCCUAUGAAUGCAGGGAAUGUGGGAAAGGCUUCAGUAAAAACUCACACCUCAUAACACACCAGAGGAUUCAUACAGGAGAGAAACCUUAUGAAUGCAGUGAAUGUGGAAAAGCAUUUGUACACACAUCACAGCUCAUUGUACAUCAGAGAAAUCAUACAAGAAUAAAACCUUACGAAUGCAAGGAAUGUGGGAAAGCUUUUAGUAAGAAGUCACACUUCAUAACGCAUCAAAGAAUUCAUACAGGAGAGAAGCCCUACGAAUGCAGUGACUGUGGAAAAGCUUUUAUAGAUAAGUCACAGCUUAUCGUUCAUCAAAGAACUCAUACAGGAGAGAAACCUUAUGCAUGCAAGGAAUGUCAGAAGGCCUUUAAUAAAAAGUCAUCCCUCAUAACACAUCAGAGAAUUCAUACAGGAGAGAAACCCUACGAAUGCAGUGUCUGUGGAAAAGCUUUUAUUGAUAAGUCACAUCUCAUUGUUCAUCAGAGAACCCAUACAGGAGAGAAACCCUAUGAAUGCAGUGAAUGUGGGAAAACUUUCAUACGAAAGGCAAUGCUCAUUGUCCAUCAGAGAACGCAUACAGGAGAGAAGCCCUUUGUGUGUCUGGAAUGCCAGAAGGCCUUUAGCAGUAUGGCAAUGCUCAGUAGACAUCAGAUGAUUCAUACAGGAGAGAAACCCCAUGGAUGCAGUGAAUGUGGCAAAGCUUUCCGCCAAAAAAGCCAUCUUACUAUCCAUCAACGAUGCCAUACUGGAGAGAAACCCUAUGGGUGCAUUCCAUGUGGUCAAAUCUUCAACCAGAAGUCACAGCUCAUUCGACAUCAGAGACGUCACACAGGAGAGAAACCGUAUCAGUGCACUCAGUGUGGGGAAGCUUUUCUUGAGAAAUCAGACCUCAGUGUCCAUCAGGUAAGUCAUGCAGGCCAGAGACCAUAUCAGUGCAGCGAGUGUGGGAAAACUUUCUCUGUCAAAUUCCUUCUCAGUUCCCAUGAGGAAAUUCAUACAGGAAAGAAAUCUCAGGAACACAGUGCUGGAACGGCUUUAGGGAGGUGAGAAUUCACAGAGGAGUUACCUUAUGGACGCAGUGAAAAUUCAGGUAUUUCAUUAAUUUUGACCUUUGUAAGUUCCAGGAAACUUACCCAGGAGAGAAAUCUUUUUUUUUUUUUUAAUUAAGGUAUCAUUGAUAUACACCCUUAUGAAGGUUUCACAAGAAAAACAAUGUGGUUAUUACAUUCACCCUUAUUAUCAAGUCCCCCUAAAUCAUACCCCAUUGCAGUCCCUGUCCAUCAGUGUAGUAAGAUGCCACAGAGUCCCUACUUAUCUUCUCUGUGCUACACUGUCUUCCCUGUGACCCCUCCACACCAUGUGCCUGCACCAAUCAUCAGGAGAGAAAUCUUUUAAAUGCAGAGAAUAAUGGAAAAUUAUCCACAAUAAGUGUAGUCUGCUGGGUAAUUAGAGAAAGGCGAUGUGAAUGCGUUGAAAAGUCAGAACCUUUUUUGAGAAGUGAAAUUCCAUGAUACAUCACACAGAAAUGAAACUUUUUGAGUCCAGCAAAUAUUUUUUAUAGGUCUUCAUAAUAUAGUUCAUUUUUGUUGAGGAAAAACCUCACUAAUGUUGUGAAUGCUGGAGUACCUUCCAAACAUGGAUUUUCAUGCCAAAGAAUACAGAAGAAAUGAAGACUUGUGAUAAGGGGUGCCUGUGGCAUGAAGUCCAAACUUCUUGCACUUUUGCAUCAGAUAAUGUUUAUUAAAGAGAGUGACUAGUGUAAUGACCAUAGUGCGGGAAAGAUGGCUUAUAUAUAAAGAAUUUUAUAGUAAAAAAUAGGAUUCUGUCACAUUGCCAUGUUAUUUAUAGAAAAUAGAACACAGCAGUUAUGAAGAGCAGAUAACUUUAGCAUGCCAAAUAACACUUCAUUCAUGUUUGAAUAUGUUGUACAGUUACAAUAUAAGUGAAGAAAAGUCCCAUAUAUAUAUGUGUGUGCUUUGUCUCUGUACUUUUGUAAAACAUGUAUAAUUUUCAAAUUUCACAAGAUUGUGAAAGAAAGUUGUUUACUGUGAAAUUCUUGUUCCAGGUUUUAUGUGUAGUAUGCACCAAAAAAUGCCAACAUUGUACAUUUUUGUAUAUCCUAUAAAUUGCAAGGCAAGUAUUUGGGCUUAAGAUUAAACAAGACUGUAAUAUAACACAGUUUGUGCUUUUCCCCCCCUCUUUUACUGUUUACUGGUAUAUUUAAAUGGAUCUGGUAGCUCUCUUCAGCCU